AUGGCGAUAGAUUCUCAUACAUUGCAAAAAGGUGAUGUCCAGAACAUUACCAAAGCGCAUAACCUGAAAGGUCAACUGCGUAAAGGGAGCAUGGAAUCCUCGGCAACAACCAUCCGUUUCGUCACGCUGGACUGCCGAGCGCUGUCGAGCGAACUCCAACAAACCGCCCUGUCUAGGCAUCUACGAUAUCUCUGUGUGCCGUUUGCUGCACUGGAGGAAACACUCAUGAGAGAUCGGCCCGUCACCAAGUACUGGAGCGAUGCUGAUGAGAAGAAAGUAGGUGCCUGCUCGAUAGCUGUGAGGAUCCACUAUAACAACCUGCUAGAGGAAUUUGACUCGACAUUGUCAAGAUGCGCAUUUUUACGCAUUGAACGAAAUGAACGUAAACUCUGGAUCGUAAAUGAUGCACCUGCGGAAACCGCUGAGGACAACAACAGUGUCGUCAUCUAUAAUGAAUUCAACGUGUUGAUGUCUAAAAUACCUAGCCAGCAGGAGGUCAUGGUCGCAAUCGACAAAAAUCCGAGUUUGGGACUUGAACAACAAUCCGAUGUGCUAGGAAAAUAG